CUAAUUUUGAAGAAACUCCCAUCUAAUUUGUUCAGUUUAUUACAGAGUACUGAGGAGGAAGAAGAAGAAGAAGAAAAGGAGCCAACGGUUUUCGUCUUCGUCUCUCGUCGGUGACGUAUUCAAAGGUUCACAAAAUUACCCCUGGUAAAUUAUAGUGGUUAAGUUACAAAUAGUUACUGUUACCGAUGCUGUAUAUCUACAUUCUACAGUGAUAUAAUAACAACUAUUCUUCUUUUUCCUUCUCUGUUGUAAAAAGAACCCAUUUCGCCUCUUUAAUCUACCAACAACAAUCUGAGAAAUUUUUCCGCAUCAAGAAAUCUCGUUCUGUUUUGUCAGAAAAAAAAAACCCAAGAACUAAAAGGCCAGAAAACUGCCUUCCAGCAGGAGUUGGUGAAAAGGGAUUUUUUUCCUCCAAGGGUUUGAAAUUUUCUAUAGAUGAUGAGUCAUAGGUGAUGCUGCUACUCAAUCAGAAUCGGAGCUCAUUCAAUUCAUCAGAAGAAGAACAGAAAAACACUCAGUUAUUAUCAUAAUUAAUUGAUGAUGUCGUCUUCGGAGCAAUCAGCGGCCAAUUCCGGCGGCAUAGGAACAAGAAAGGGAAAGGCUAAAACUUCAUCCCCUGCCUCCUGCUGCGGCUCCGACCUUGGGACUGGGAAGCCUGUGAUAGUGAUGAUAUGCGGGAGCCUGGUGUAUUACCACUGCGCAUACCGGAAUUCCAGCCUCGUAUCCUUGGUCUCUGACGUCUUCAUCGUCCUACUCUGCUCCCUGGCCAUACUUGGCCUCCUAUUCCGGCAGAUGAACAUCCCGGUGCCGGUUGAUCCUCUUGAGUGGCAGAUAUCUCAGGAUGCAGCCAAUUCAAUGUUUGCGUGCCUUGCUAACACCAUCGGUGCUGCUGAAUCCGUUCUCAGGGUCGCUGCAACUGGCCAUGACAAGCGCCUCUUCGUUAAGGUCACCCUCCCUCAUCCUCAAGUACUUAUUUGCCACUACUAUGAAUUGUGAAACAAAUAGAGUAAUGUAGUGAAACAAAUUUAUGAAAUCUGCUGUUAUGAAUUGUGUCAACAAAUAGAGUAAUGUAGUGAAAAAAAUUAUUGAAUUCUGCUGUUAUGAGUUGUGACAACGGAUAGAGUAAUUUAGUGAAACAAAUUAUUGAAACCUGUCCAUCUGUUAGCCAAACAUUCCGAACUUAGCUGUUCACAUUCUAUAGGGAACGAUUUUUCCUAUCAAACUCAACUUAUAUGGAACUAAUCCGAUACAUUUUCAAUUCAUUUAGUUUGAAUUUCCAGCAACAAUUACAACAUAUUUGAUAAUGUGUAAUAGCUGUUCAUCCAUAAGAAUCCUAAAACUCACGUUUUGGUGUCACAUUGCUGCCUAGAAUUAGAUAGUGCUGUCUGAGCCACCUUAAUCAACAGCCCCUUGAUGUCCUCGUGUCCGUGUUACCUUAAACAUCCGGCCUAGCUACAUCACUAGAACUUUCAUUGAUCGUUUUAUCUGAGCACCGCUAAAUCUAAAAUUGCCAACAACUUGAUAUCUCUAUCAAAGACCCAGGUGCUUGUGCCCGCAGUAAUUUAAGGCAUAAUUAGAUCAAGUUCACCGAGAAUGUCUUUGUUCUCUAUUUAUUUGCCGCGCCUCACUGCUGCUGCUUCCUUAUGUAUUGGACUUACUAUAUACAGCCGCAAAUUUAAACAAUUCUUCUGUUUACAGGUGGUUUCCAUCCUUUAUCUGUUAUCAGCCCUCGCAAGAAUGGUCUCUGCUGCUACGUUUGCUUAUGCUGGUAAUACAACAUUCUCCCUCCCUUUAAACCAACAUUAUCAACUCCUCUUAUUUCCCGUGUCAUUUUAGUUCUUGUUUUCUCUAAUCACUCAACCACCUGUUACAGGACUUUGCCUUUUUUGUCUCUACACUCUUGCUGAGAAUUCCCAGCUUUUGAGCUCGUGGUUACCUUGGAGAAAAGAUUCAUCGAGUAUGGUCCCAGAAUAGUAGCAUCACUUAUAGGUCUCUCUCUUUCUCUGCUUAGAUCUCUCUUCCCUCCAUGUUGCCUCUUUAGAAUGAAGAUCUAUUGCAACAUUGGUUUGUUCUUGUAAGUUGUAACCUCUUCUAACGCGUCUGUUACUUCACUGUUAUGCUUGUAAAGUGAACUCCCCUAGAGUCCAACUCAUUCUUUUCAGGUCUCUCAUUUCUUAGCCACGUGAGAUCACUUUCUGUAUCCAUGAAAGGACUCGCAAAAGAGAUGGCUAAAAUUCUCUGUGUUAUUGGUUUUCCAACAUCUGGACGCUGUUGUAGUAAGAUUACCAGUUUGUGGUAACCCAAUGGUGCAUGAUUGUUGAUUGGAGAAGGAUGGUGCAUGGUUUUGGGUUAGGAAUUCCCCCUUUUUUUUGUUUUUUUUUUGGUUUAAUUUAUUUAUUGUGCAGGAAAAUGCUUACCACUUUUUGGUGGUUGUUUUGCUAACCUCCCACCAUGGUACGAUGUUUAUUUUGGUUUCGAGCAAGUUCAAUAAUGCCUGAAAAUCAAGUAUCCCCAUAUUAAGUAAAAACUUCACUGUGUGUCUUUAUCUCUCUGUAUUUCAAAGAAUCAUUUUUAUUUUUUUUUGGAAAAGUCAAAUAAUCAUUUGUUUCUUACUUUCUUUUCCUUAACCUUUUUUUUUUUUUCUCUUUU